AUGGCUGUGGUUGCUGACAGGGACUAUAACCACUUAUUACAUGCCCCUCACAGUGUAACCCUGACUGACAGGGACUAUAACCACUUAUUACACGCCCUCACUCACAGUGUAACCCUGACUGACAGGGACUAUAACCACUUAUUACACGCCCUCACUCACAGUGUAACCCUGACUGACAGGGACUAUAACCACUUAUUACACGCCCUCACUCACAGUGUAACCCUGCCUGACAGGGACUAUAACCACUUAUUACAUGCCCUCACUCACAGUGUAACCCUGCCUGACAGGGACUAUAACCACUUAUUACACGCCCUCACACAGUGUAACCCUGACUGA